AUGGAAACACAAAAAGUAGGUGAACCUAAAAAGCUCUUCAAAUAUUACCUUGACCAAUAAAUUCAACUCAGAGAGAACAGACCAUUAUUUUUCAGAAGAACUCUAAGAUGGAGAUCCAACUCAAGAGAGUAUGGUUACCCUUUCUCAAAGAAAGGUAUACUAAGAGGUUAUCUUAAGUAUGGCAUUCUUGGAUAUAUGGGCUGGUAUUAUUUCAGAUAAGCACUUACUCCUUCUCACCAUGGUCACGGACAUGAAGAUCAUGGACAUGGUCAUGGAGCAGAUCAUGGACAUGCUACUGAGCAUCAUGAUAAUUCCCAUAAUGAUAGCCACGGACAUAAAGAAAAGCAUCACUGA